AUGGCACCUGAAGUACUUCAACAAAUUGCCGUAGGUGGAGGACUCCCAGUAACCAAGAUGCAGGACCCAAAAGAGAAGUUUUAUCAUCAUUUCCAGGAGGAGGUAACCAGUCUACAAGAGCAAAUAGCCAACGUGGGCUCCAUAUCCCAGGUCGGUGGUGAGAGGCAGGACGCCAUUGAUCACAUCCUGGCCGGGAUAUCGAAUCUCUCCAACGAAGUCGCCGACGCUUCCGACUAUGUCCCUUCGUACGACCAGCGCAAUUAUGCCCAGGCCGUCAAAGCUCUCACAGACAAGCUGAAUGAGACUACGGCGAAGCUGGUGCCGCGGUCGCGCUUUCAAUUCAAGCCUCGCGGAGCGAGCUCGGCCACUACCCCCAGCGAUCCAGCCGCCCCCAAAUAUGAUCCCCGUCUCAUGGUAGGAAGCAGCCUCGCCGACCCCCUCCCCCCAUCCCGGGGCGGCCCGGUCAUCGCUCCCCCCGACGUGGACCAGGCCGCCGCCGCCUCCGCCGAGACGGACGCGGACGGCCUCGGCGACCUGCCAAAUUUCCCAAAGAACUAUAACGAGGAGAUGGCCCGACCGAGCGCCACAAAAGUCCGAAAGCCCAGCUUCUCCACCGCCAAGGACAUUGCCAUCUUCGGCCAGGACGGCCUGCACAUCAUCCUCCCGUCGUCGGCGUCGAGGGCGACGAGUUCCGGUCGCUUGACCGAUCUCAGGGGCUGCGUCGUAGACAUGUCCAUCGCGCUCUCCGGGCACACCUCCUUUGCGAACCUGGCGCUCAAAAACAUUGACAAGAGUCUCAUCGUCGCGGGCAACGUAGCCGGGCCGGCGCACAUCACGGGCGUCUCUGACAGUAUUAUUGUCGUCUCUGCUCGGCAGGUGCGCAUCCACGAGUGUAAGAAUGUCGAUAUAUACCUGCAUUGCUCGAGCCACCCGAUCAUUGAGGAUUGCUCCAAUAUGCGAUUUGCGCCGCUGCCAGCCAGCUUUGACACCACAGAAGACCCGGCAAAGAACCAAUGGGACCAGGUGGACGACUUCAAGUGGCUCAAGUCGGAGCCCAGCCCAAACUGGGGCGUCUUAUCCACGGAGGAGAGGCUGCCCGAGGAGAUCUGGACAAAGGUCGUGCCGGGCGAGCGCGGCAAGGAUUUGCAUGAUAUCCUCAAGGCGGUUGGGGUCCAGAAGCAUUGA